AUGAUCGGGAACAUGUCGUUAGCUACACCUACAUCCAGUGCAUUUACUUUCUUACGAACAUAUCAUACCAUACGUCCAGGAUAUAACCUAUUAAAGCAUGUUCAUUUCUCAGGAAUUUCAACAUUUCAACAUGGUUUAAAUGUACAAAAAACCAUUGCUGAUCGUCAUUUAAAUUAUAAAACUUUAGAAACUAAAGUUCGUAGAAUGCAAAGAAGAAAUGAAUUGAAAGAUCCCAAUUUAUUACGUAAAGUUCAUUCUUUACAACCUUCACCUACUAUUUUCACAUUUGAAUUUCAUAAUGUUUAUGCUGGUGGAUUAAGACUGAAAAAUGAAAUUAAUGAAAUUGAUAUUGAAAAUUUUAAAAAAUUAGGUAGUCGAUAUUAUCAAUUAGAUAGAGGUGGUCAAGUUACUUGGCAUGGACAAGGACAACUUGUUGCUUAUUUAGUACUUGAUUUAAAAUCUUUUGAAAAAUUAUCAACUAAAUGUUAUGUUAAUAAUGUAUUAUUAAAAAGUGCUCAAAAUGUAUUAAAAGAUAAUUAUAAUUUGAAUACUAUAUUAACUGAUAAUCCAGGUAUUUGGAUAAAUGAUGAUUUAAAAAUCGGUAGUGUUGGUAUUAGAGUACGUCAUGGUAUAACUGAUUUUGGUAUAAGUUUAAAUAUUAAUCCUGAUUUAAAAUAUUUAAAUACUUUUGAAAUGUGUGGUUUGAAAAAUAAAAGAGCUACUUCAAUUAAAGAGCAACUUGGUAUUGAACCAAAAAUAGACGAUGUUGCUGAUUUAUAUGUUAAAGAAAUUGCUAAAGCUUUAGAAGUUGAUAAAAUUGUCUCAAUCACUUCUGAUGAUUUGUAA